AUGAAUAGAACUAAUUACAAUUCUAACAACAGUGGCGUUUCACAAGAUUUGGAUGGAUCAUAUGCAUAUUCUUCUAUUGGAUUAUAUAUUGGGUUUCUGGGAGUGAUCACUCUCAUAGGUUUCACUUUAUAUUAUUGUAGCCGUGCUUUGCAAAAUGGGAAUGGAAUUGGCACAGGCAACAGCAGCAUGGAGCCAGAUUACAAGGACUCCGAGUGGUUGAAGCUUUUACCUCAUUGUGGUCACUUGUUUCACAUAGAUUGCAUUAAUAAGUGGGUGCACGUAAACCUUUCAUGCCCCAUGGGUCGAAAUUCACCACUCCCAAUUCCUCUUGCUCAAGUUGCUCCUUUAGCAACAAGGCGUGGUGAUUGA